UCCGCUUUUCAGUCCCGCCGACUUCCGGUGGCCUGUGCUUAGCCGGGCCGAGGUUGGGGAGCGGGCGAGCGUGCGGCGUCCGAGUGAGUGGGCGCGAUCAUCGGCCGGGAGCAACCAAGUGCGGCGGGGCGAGGGAACCCUGCCGGCAGUCCGGCGGCCGCAGCGGAGCGGGUGACGCACCAUGGCGGCGGCGGCGGCGGCCGCAUCCUCGGCCCCGCCCAAGAAGAUCGUGGCUCCCACCGUGUCCCAGAUCAACGCCGAGUUCGUCACGCAGCUGGCGCACCGGUACUGGGCCCCGCACGUGCAGAAGAGACUGUGCUUUGAUGCCAAGGUUAUUGAAGAUGUAUAUGUGAAAGAAAUCGUUAAGUCAAAAUUUGCCAUUAGAAAGAUAAUGCUGCUUGAGUUUAGCCAGUAUCUUGAAAAUUACCUGUGGAUUAAUUAUUCCUCAGAGGUGUCCAGUAAAGCAUAUUUAAUGUCAAUCUGCUGCAUGGUAAACGAGAAGUUCAGAGAAAAUGUCCCUGCAUGGGAGACAUUCAAGAAGAAGCCAGAGCACUUUCCCUACUUUUUCAAAUGUAUAUUGAAAGCAUCAUUGGCUGAAAAGGAGAGUGAAUUCUCUCUUCAUGAACAGACAGUCCUCCUACUCUUCCUUGAUCAUUGCUUUAACAGCUUGGAAGUGGAUUUGAUCAGGGGACAGGUGCAGCAACUCAUCUCCUUGCCAAUGUGGAUGGGAUUACAGCCUGCACGCCUGGAACAGGAAUUGAAAAAGACACCAAAACUUAGAAAAUUUUGGAAUCUUAUCAAGAAGAAUGAUGAGAAAAUGGAUGAACAGACACGAAUACAGGUAUACCAAGAAAGAAGAUUCCUUUCACAGCUCAUCCAGAAAUUUCUCUCUGUGCUAAAAUCAAUACGUGUCUCAGGUCCUGUUUCCAUGGACCAAGUUCAUUACUGUGAAAGAUUCAUUGAACUUACGAUAGAUUUAGAGGCCUUGCUGCCCACCCGGCGCUGGUUUAAUACAGUAUUAGAUGACUCCCAUCUUGUUGUUCACUGUUACCUGUCCAAUCUUGCUAAAAGGGAAAAAGAGGGCCAUCUCUUCUGCCAGCUUUUAGAUAUGCUUAAAUUCUAUACUGGCUUUGAAAUCAAUGACCAGACUGGAAAUGCUUUGACUGCAAACGAAAUGACUACAAUUCACUAUGAUAGAAUUACUUCUCUACAGAGAGCGGCUUUUGCACAUUUCCCAGAACUCUAUGACUUUGCUCUCUCAAAUGUGGCAGCGGUUGACACACGUGAUUCGUUGUUGACGUUCUUUGGACCACUGAGUUCAAACACGCUCCACCAGGUGGCAUCAUACCUCUGCUUGUUACCAACUUUACAGGAAGGGGAAGAUACAAGCUACGAAAAAGAGUUGCUGCUAGAAUUGCUGGUGUCCCGUCAUGAGCGUCGAAUAUCGCAGAUUCAGCAGCUCAACCAGAUGCCUCUGUAUCCCACAGAGAAGAUUAUUUGGGAUGAAAAUAUUGUCCCAACUGAGUACUAUUCUGGAGAAGGUUGUCUCGCUCUUCCUAAACUGAAUUUACAGUUUUUGACUCUUCAUGACUACCUGCUACGGGACUUCAAUCUUUUCCGCUUAGAGUCUACUUAUGAGAUCAGACAGGACAUUGAGGAUAGUGUCAGCAGGAUGAAACCUUGGCUAUCAGAAUAUGGAGGUGUCGUGUUUGGUGGAUGGGCAAGGAUGGCACAACCCAUUGUCUCGUUUACUGUCGUAGAAGUGGCAAAGCCCAACAUUGGUGAAAACUGGCCUAUGCGAGUGAGAGCAGAUGUUACAAUCAAUUUGAAUGUUAGAGAUAACAUCAAAGAUGAAUGGGAAGGUCUCCGUAAACAUGAUGUUUGUUUUUUGAUUACGGUUCGUCCCACACAACCUUAUGGCACAAAAUUUGAUCGAAGGCGACCCUUCGUGGAGCAAAUUGGCCUAGUGUAUGUCAGGGGAUGUGAAAUCCAAGGCAUGUUGGAUGAUAAAGGCCGCGUCAUUGAAGAAGGGCCUGAACCCAAACCAAGACUUAAAGGAGACUCUAGAACUUACAGAGUGUUUCUAGAUCCUAAUCAGUAUCAGCAGGACAUGACAAACACAAUUCAAAAUAGAACAGAAGAUGUCUACGAGACGUUUAAUAUAAUCAUGAGGAGAAAGCCAAAAGAGAACAACUUUAAGGCUGUUCUGGAGACUAUUAGGAAUUUGAUGAACACAGAUUGUGUGGUUCCUCAUUGGCUGCAUGAUAUUAUCCUAGGAUAUGGAGACCCAAGCAGUGCUCAUUAUUCAAAAAUGCCAAAUCAGAUUGCAUCUCUGGAUUUUAAUGACACAUUUCUCUCCAUUGAUCAUUUAAAGGCUAGUUUUCCUGACUAUAAUAUUAAAGUAACAGUUGACAAUCCAGCUCUGCAGAUACCGCCUUUCAGGAUAACUUUCCCAGUAAGAGGCAGCAGAGGAAAGAAGAGGAAAGAGGAGGAUGGAAAUGAAGAGAAAACUGAAGAAGCUAAAACCUUAAUUAUUGAACCUCAUAUUAUUCCUAACAGGGGACCAUAUCCAUAUAAUCAGCCAAAACGAAAUACUAUUCCAUUUACCCACACUCAGAUUGAGGCUAUACGUGCAGGAAUGCAACCUGGGCUGACUAUGGUAGUGGGUCCACCUGGUACAGGCAAAACUGAUGUGGCUGUGCAGAUCAUAUCCAACCUCUAUCAUAAUUUCCCGGAACAGAGGACCCUUAUAGUUACACAUUCCAACCAGGCCUUGAACCAGCUGUUUGAGAAAAUCAUGGCUCUAGACAUUGAUGAGCGCCACCUCCUGCGUCUGGGUCAUGGAGAGGAGGAAUUGGAGACAGAGAAAGAUUUCAGCAGGUAUGGAAGAGUUAAUUAUGUCCUGGCUCGAAGAUUAGAGCUUCUACGUGAGGUUGGACGUUUACAAGAGAGUCUGGGGGUCCCAGGAGAUGUUUCUUAUACCUGUGAAACAGCUGGGCACUUCUUCUUAUACCAAGUAAUGUCUCGUUGGGAGGAGUAUAUUAGCAAAGUUAAAGUUAAGGGUGGUAAGCUUCCUGAUGUUGCAGAAGUCUCCAGUUUUUUCCCUUUUCAUCAGUAUUUUGCAAAUGCCCCUCAACCAAUUUUUAAAGGGAAAUCAUAUGAUGAAGACACGGAAAUUGCUGAAGGGUGUUUUCGGCAUAUUAAGAAAAUAUUCACUCAGCUUGAGGAAUUCAGGGCAUUUGAACUUCUCCGCAGUGGCCUGGACAGAUCCAAAUACCUUUUGGUGAAAGAAGCAAAGAUCAUUGCAAUGACUUGUACACAUGCUGCUUUGAAACGACAUGACCUGGUUGAAUUAGGUUUCAAGUAUGAUAACAUUUUAAUGGAAGAGGCUGCCCAGAUUCUGGAGAUAGAAACAUUUAUACCGCUCCUUUUACAGAACCCCCAAGAUGGAUUCAGCCGGUUGAAGCGUUGGAUUAUGAUUGGUGACCAUCACCAGUUGCCACCUGUCAUUAAGAACAUGGCUUUUCAAAAAUACUCCAAUAUGGAACAGUCUCUUUUUACAAGAUUUGUUCGGGUGGGAGUCCCAACUGUUGACUUGGAUGCUCAAGGAAGAGCAAGAGCAAGUUUGUGUAACCUCUACAACUGGCGCUACAAGAAUCUGGGUAAUCUGCCUCAUGUGCAGCUUCUUCCAGAGUUCAGAACAGCAAAUGCAGGAUUUCUGUACGAUUUCCAGCUGAUAAAUGUAGAAGAUUUCAAUGGAGUGGGAGAGUCUGAACCCAAUCCUUAUUUCUAUCAGAAUCUUGGUGAGGCAGAGUAUGUUGUUGCACUCUUUAUGUACAUGUGCCUGCUUGGUUACCCCGCAGACAAGAUAAGUAUCCUGACAACUUACAAUGGACAAAAGCAUCUGAUCCGUGAUGUUAUUAAUCAGCGUUGUGGGAAUAACCCAAUGAUUGGCCGGCCAAACAAGGUGACAACUGUAGACAGAUUUCAAGGUCAACAAAAUGAUUAUAUCCUUCUUUCGCUGGUGCGAACAAAAGCUGUUGGCCAUCUGAGGGAUGUCCGACGUCUAGUUGUUGCCAUGUCAAGAGCCAGGCUUGGGCUUUAUAUCUUUGCAAGAGUAUCUCUGUUCCAGAACUGCUUUGAGCUAACACCAGCUUUCAGUCAACUCACAGCUCGACCACUUCAUCUACAUAUAGUUCCUACAGAAUAUUUCCCAACAGCCAGACAGAAUGGAGAAAGGCCUCCUCACCAAAUCCAUGUAAUAAAGAACAUGCCUCAGAUGGCUAACUUUGUGUACAAUAUGUAUAUGCACAUGAUACAGAGUACACGCCACUACCGGCAGCAUUUAUUGCCCCCACCAGCCAUGGUUGAAGAAAAUGAAACAGUUCAAAGUCAGGAUACUGAAAUGGCAAUUGAAACGCAAAGCACACAAAUGGAGACUGAAAAGGAAGCUAAGGAAGAGGGAGAGAUGACAAAGGACGAGGGACUGAAAGUGGCAGAUGAAGAGCAUCGGAAAAUGCCAGAACAUCCAGGAAGAGAUAGUGACAGUGAAGACAGUGAAGCUGAGUCUGAGACUGAAAAGUGAGCUGUACCCUUAGUUCAUCUUGGGUGUACAAACUGGAAGAGACUGAAAAUAAAAUCACUUUUUAACAUGGACUUCUGUUAAUGGUAGGCUGUGUAAUAUGACCUGUUCUGCAUAUUACUCACUGAGUACUUCCGUGAAAAAAAAAGAUUGGUAUAUAGUUUUAAAUAGUAAUGGGUACUGAUUUUGGGUCAGUAUCAGUGUUUUGUAGCGUAUUUAAUCAUGUUAAAUGGCAAGUGUUUCCUCACAAUUUGUUUGCAGGAGAUGUUUUUAUUCUGGUUUUGAAUAUUUCUAUCAUAAUAUUUUUCAUUUGUCAUUGGUCUCUUAUUCACUGAGUCAUUAAUCAAACUUUUGUGCUUCAGUACUGAUGGCGCACUUGCAUUGAGGAGUUUCUGUUAUUAAAUGUUGCUGUGCUGCUACCUAGAAUUGGUAUUUCAAGCUUUUCAAGUACUAUUCAGCAAGGUAACUACAUAUACCAAAUUUAAGUCCAAAUUUAGUGAUUUCAGGGGGACUUUUGCAUUCUUUGAGUGCAUUACUGAAUUAGGUCUUUAAAGAGCAGUAUAACGCACUCACAUGUAGGCUGUGCUUUUUCAUUUUUGCCGUCUGCUGUUUUUAAUAUUUCAGCAAAAAAAUAUGCAGCUUUGCAAUAGUGAACUUUGCAAACUGAUAGUAUUUUGCAAUUAAAAAAGCUUUCAUUUUUAUAAGAGGUUAAUUGCCCAUGGCAAAUAAGAUCAAGUGUGAAGGUGAGAGUAGUUUCCAUGAAAAUGGUCUUUAGCACCAUCAUGUUCAAGUAGGUUUUCUGAGGUAUGUUCCAAAUGCACAUCCUUCAAAAACUCCCAGUGAGUAAAAAGUUUUCCUCUGAUUCAUCGUCAGCAUCUGCUAACUUGGCAAAAAAAUCAGUGAUAUCUACAUUCUUUCCAGAAGAUCUUCAAACAAAACAACAGCAACAAAACCAUCCUUCUUUUUCUUUGUUGGCAAAAGACAAAUAAAACGCUAAACUUGUGAAGCUGCCAGCAAGAUUUCCUCAAAAAAUAGAGAGAAGAGAAUCAUUCAUAUUAAUGAAGCUUAAAAUAUAUGCAUUUUCUGUGAUCUAUUUCUUCAUUUCUCCAUGUGUGUACUAACUCAACAACCAAAAUAUAGAGAAACAGUUGAAAUAAUACUUGAACUCACCCCCACCUUCAAUACACAAAUGCCACUUAAUUGGAGGUUGGGUGAGACCCUGUCUUUUCUUCAUAAAAAUCAACCCCCUUCCCCAAUUUGGGAAAGCUCUCUCAUGUAUUGCAAUAUUUAAUUCUGAUAUUGCAGUCUUUUUCUAAGCUGUUUAUCACUUGACUGCUGAGCUGUGAAUUGUACCAAAGAUUACUUACUCAAGGGGGCUCUGUCCAUUCACUGUCUAUGCAAGAAAGAAAAUGUAAAGGUUAUUUUCAACCUUGGCUGCCACCGGAGGUACAAGCAGUACAGAACUGAAUAUAUACAUACACACUAGCUUGUGAAACAUCAUAUGUUUAAUCGGCCAUCAGGCAAUAUGUGACUAGAUAAGUUGAGGGAUGCCAUCUUCCAAGAUGUUUUCUAUAAAUAUUUGAGUGCCUAACAAUCAUUUAUACUGAUUCCCUUAAUUAAAAAAAAAAUGUUCUGAAGCAGGAGCAUAUAAAAGUAUUUGUUUGCAAUUAAGAAAGCCAGGAAAGAAAUCUUGAGGGGUUUUUUAAACUGAGUGGUUGAAUAUGGAAUCAGGAAUUCCUCUCAUGCAAUACUGUGCAUACCUGAUUCUCAAGCAGGGGGUUAGGGCACCCUAGGGCACCACCAGAUCUUUUGACGGGUAUCCUGAGGUGUGAAGAGAUAAGUGAGAUGUUAGGAGAUAAACAGAUGAAAAACUAAGUAGGUAAGUACAGGCUCAGGCUUGCCCCUACCUGAAUUAUCCCCACUGCCAGGCCCCUCUGCAAGAAAGUAAGCACCGUAAUCUAAAAAUUCAUUUUUGAAACUGGGUAUUACUACAUUCACAAGUUAUAGAAGAGGGCCUUGUGUCCAGUGAGGGAUGCCUGAAGUCCAAAAGGAGUGAGAACCAUUGGCAUAAAGGAACUAGAGAAGUAUUAAAACAACAAAAAGAAUUGGAAGAUAAUGCUGAGUGGUUGAUGAAACUAUCUAGCUUCAAAUCUACUGAUAGUAUUAUCUCUUCUAUAAUGCAUGCUUUUACAUACUGAGACUGAGUUGAGCUUUGCUUUGUGAACAGACUUUUUUUCCAUAGUUUCCAGGAAUCCUGCCUCAAACCCUUGGAGAGGAAUUUCCACUGAUUCAGAUAUGUCUAAAGCCCUCUUAGACCCAUAGAGUAUGGGCAAAGAUUUGUUCCUAAAAGGAGAGAAGUUAUGAUAAAAAUUGCCAUUUGGAAGGAAGACACAGUUUACUUGGCUAAGUACAGACAGGGAAAAACCCUGCUACCCCCAAGGUCUCUGGGAUUUACAGUCCAAAAUCAUAGUAACAGGACAGCAGGGUUUCUUAUCGCUUCCUCUUGCUGCACCCAGGUACUUCUGGGAUUUGUAGUCCACAGUUGCAGCCAGCAUUGAGCCAGACCCGAGCCAGGCAGUCACGCCUUUCGCCUCCCCCCCCCCGCACUCUGGGCUGCAACCCUAGCUGGGCUUGCCCACCCUCGCCUCCCCGCUUCCCUUGUCAGCCAGCCCUCACUGCUCCAGCUAGGGAGUAGAGGGGUGGGGCCAGCCCUGCUCUCUGGAGCAGAUAGCCCAGCCCAGGACUACAAAGCAUGCUGAGAUGCUGGAGGACUAUGAUUUAAUUUGAACCAAGAAGGGAUCUGGGACAGAAGUUUCAUAAACCUGUUUGACCCAAAUCAUUUAAGUCUGAUACUACAUUCAACCAGGUUUAUCUUAAACCAGUUCCAGCCAUUUUGGAACUGGUUUAUGUGUACUGAGCUUCUGAGUUCUGUUACAGGUUUAACCAGUUUCUGGUCAUUUAAAUCAGUUUAUAUGCAACUUUUGGCCCUAGGCCUUAUUAUUAGUAGCAAAAGCUUCAAGCAAAACUUUACUGCAGUAUUUCAGUAAGGGUGGCGCACCGUGGGUGACUGUCCCGCAAGCACUCCUUUCCACGUUAAACAUUAGUGACCCACUUAGCUUAACUUAUACAACAUAUGGUUGGAGGAAUGCAUCUGAUUUCAUAUUCCAGAAAGGUAAGGAGGAAUCUGAGUUUUCAGAUAUUUAGGGAGAACUGGUUUGUUGCAUGUACCAGUGUUUGGAAAUGUGUGCUUUUUUUUUUUUAUCAUUGAGACAUUAUAACCUGCCUAACAUCGGACUCCCCAGGUACCUCUUCACUAUUUACCGGCUACAUUCAUCCCUCUUCUCCUUCCCUCUGCCCCCCAACCUGUCUCUCACCCACUGACUCUUCAGUUUAAAUCUUCACUGACUGCCUUUCUUGCAUGCAGACCAGCCCCUGGCUUCUUUACUAUUCAUUCCAUCCAGGAAGAGCACACACCAGCUGCAGCUGCUUCCUCAGCCUGACAAAGGGUUUUUAAACCUGAAAGCUUGCUAAGAAAUUUUGUUCCAACUAUUUAAGUUGUUCUAAUAAAAGAUAUCAGAUUCACCCGAAGAACCUUGUCUUGCUAAAGUCAAAGUAUAUUAUGUCUACUGCUUUUCCCGCAUCCACAGAGAACCAGUUAUCUUAUCAUAGAAGGCAACCGGGUUCUUCUUCAUUCUGCCUUUCAAACAUAAGGUGUGUCUCUUAUUAGAGAGUGUGCUGUAGGAAAGAAAAUACGAUAUGUAAAAUUAUUUAUUUUUACUACUCCAAAAUGCUUGUAAGAUUGCUUUGAAUAUUUUGUAUAUGCUGUGUUAGCAUGAAUAUAAGAUUACCUUGAAUAUAAAACGACUCAGUAAUUAGGUA